UUCGACCCAAGACUAAGUGGCAAAAAGCACUGCCCCAUCGCGUUCUACGACAAUACCAUCCAACUGAAUUUAAUUAGCGCGUCAGUUACCGAUAACUUGUCAGAGAGUUUGUACCUUCCGUACGGUACCCCGUUUGGAAAAAAUAAAAAAAAAUGUGUGUUUAAAUUUUUCUACUUAAAGAGAACGAGGCGCGCGUUGCAAAAAAUAAGAAAAAAGGAUUAAUUUUUUGUAUUACAAAAUAAAUAGCAAAAAGAAAAUAUAACACUAGACAAAGCCCAGCAAUCUAUUGAAUAAAACAAAGAACUGGUGCCAAAGUCCAUAAAAAAAACACAAUUCUGUAAUUCAUUUCCAGUGCAAGUUUGUGGAGUUUAUCAACAUUUUGAAAUUGAAGAAAACAAAACAACCGAAGUUGCGAAAUUUUAUGUGAAAAAGUGUGAGUGCAAGUGUGAGCCAUAAUUAUUGUCUGUGGCUUCAGUGCCUGAACGAGACUGCUGAUUGCUUGCUUGGCGGCUGCUGCUGUUUGUGAUAAUCUUAUCCAGUGUCUGUGCGCUACUCUUCAAUUGUUGUUUGCUUUGUGGCCUCCUGCUUUGUUGUAGUAAACUUGUUGGUAUUAUUUUGAUGUAAAUCCUUGGCGAUGGCUCACAAAACGGAAGAAAACCAAAGCAAUGAUAAUAAGUACGACACAACAUUUGCGGCUGACGCAUCGGUAGAUCAGCCACCUACAACAAAUACAACAACAGAAGCAGAAUAUUAUGAGGAUGAUGAUGAUGUUGCUGAAGUUUACAAAAAUGAAAAGGCAGACAAAGAAUUGACCAACAACCAUUCGGCGAACUACUGCAAGGAAAAUGGCAAAGGCAAUGGCAAUAUUGUCAAAUACAAUCGCAGUGACAGCGGCAAGAAGACACAAAGUCUAUUUGAAAUAGUUUAUGAAAUUAUUAGAGAAAAAGAACAACGUACCAAAGAAAUGGGAACAUUAAUACUUUUAGGCGGUAUGACCAUAUUAUUUCUAAUGAGCUUAACAGGUUUAUUUGUUAUGUGGUUUACACAGUAUUACAACAACAAAAUGCUGGAGAAUUUGAUAUUAGCCAAAGACUCGGAAACGGCAAAAUCAUGGAUAAAUCCCAAUCCAAAAUAUGACACAUUACUGAAGGUGCAUAUUUUCAAUUACACCAACAUACACGAUUAUCUGCACUACAAGGCGGAUAAAAUUAAAGUAGAAGACUUAGGACCAUUAAUCUAUAAGGAACAUACAACAAAAGUCAAUGUUGUAUACAAUGACAAUCAUACAGUAACAUUCCGUGAUCAUCGUAGUUAUCAAUUUCUUCGCAAUAGAUCAACGCAUGAUGAAAACGUCAAGAUUCUUGUGCCAAAUGUGCCCUUUUUGGCCGCUUCCGUGCAGGUGGAUAAAAUGAAUUCGUUUAAACGGCGUUUCAGUAUUUCGGCUAUUCGAUCGGCCAGUGGUAAUCCAUUUUACACUUUGAAAGCCAGAGAUUAUCUGUGGGGUUACAAAGAUCCAAUAUUGUCUAUGAAAAAUACUUUCUCAUCGGGAGAUUCACGCUUUGGAUUGUUAAAGAAUCGUAAUGGCACCAGUGUGGACUCUCUACAAAUCAACACGGGCGAAGAUGACAUACGCAAGUUCAGUACAAUCACUCAAUUCAAUGGUAAACCUUUAUUGGAUUAUUGGACUGAUGAUGAAUGUAAUCGCAUUGAUGGCUCCGACCCCUCCAUGUUCCCACCGCAUGUGGUUGAGACGCGUGAACCUCUGAAUGUCUUCCUGCAAGUGUUGUGUCGCAAAAUUCCCUUGCAAUUUGAAAAAGAGGUCACCAUUUACGAUAACAUUGACGCCCUGCGUUAUCGCACACCACUCAAUGUAUUCUCGCGACCAGAAGAGAAUCCCAAUAAUCAAUGCUACUGCCAAAAUACGACACGAUGCAUGCCCAGUGGUGUUAUCAAUGCCACCAAGUGCUAUGAUGAUGCCCCAAUUUAUCCCUCAUUCCCGCAUUUCUUUUCGGGUGAUCCCGCCAUUUACAAAGACUUUGAAGGCAUAGAACCAAAACAGGAAAUACACCAGACCUAUGCCGAUGUUCAUCCACGUUUUGCAUUCCCCAUAAGUGGGGCAUCACGUAUACAAAUUAAUUUGGCUCUGCACAAGGGUGAGCUGGUACGAGACAAAGUUAAACGCUUCGCAGAUGGCACAAUUCUGCCUUUAAUAUGGAUUGAGAUUACUUCGGGAGAUUUUACCCCAGAAGUCAUUGAUACAUUGUACGCCAGUACCUUUGGCCUAAAUCUCAUCGAGUACAGUCUUAAAUAUGGCACACUGCUAAUGAGCAUUGUUUCCUUUAGCCUAAUUGUGGCCGGUUUCUAUUAUCUGGCAAAGAGAAGGGAGCUGACUAAUGACAAGAUUCUAAGUGCCGAAUUAAGAGCUUUAAGUGUGGACUUAUCACCGAUGGCCUUAUCUCAACUACAACAACAGCAACAGCAUGCGUGAAACUGCGGUCAUACUGCAUUUAGGGUUGUAUUCCAUUGAAAUCAUUUGAUUUGAAAUUCUGCCGCCAACAUAAUUUCAUCCAGUCAAUCAGGCAGCCAGCCAGCCAGUUCAUUAGUCAUCCCAGCCUUCCAAAUUCCAGCAGUUGCAUGUUUUUUAUUGUUGUUGUGUUGUUGCCUUAUCCCACUGUGCCAUAUUAUAUCCGCAUUGCUGCCUUGCCAUGGAAGUUAAGUUUGAGAGCAAGCUGAGAUUGAAUAGCAAAGUGAAAUUAUAUAGAAUGUUUAUUUGUUUGUUUUUUUUUUUGUGUAUAGUUAAAAUUAGAAAUUAGGAAUGAAUCUGAAUAAUCAUUCUAAAUAAUUGCUAUUAUUGCGAAACAUACCCCCAUUCUUCAUAGCUGUAAUGACAAAUUUUUUUUAUAGUAACGCAAACGUUUACCUUUUUAUACUAUUUUUUAUAAGCUAAGAUGAGAAAAAUAAAAAAAAAAUAUUUUUUUCCUGUAUGUGAAAACAA